GUGUAGCCUAAGCAGCACUGCAAAAUGUUAGAUUCCCUUGCUUUACUGUUGGAGAAAACCUUCUUGCUUGCACAUUUUAACUUUUUCACCACAACUCCAUCUAAACAAGCAAUAUGUACAAAGCGUCGAGAGGAGAGCACUGAUUUCCAGCGCGGGGAUCUCUUGGAAGUUCCUCGCACAUUGUUCACUCAUUUUGGCAUAUAUCUAGGUGACAACAAAGUCGCGCACCUUAUGCCCGAUAUACUCCCGGUGUUGACAAGCAACACAUCUCACAUUCAGAAAGUAGUGACGAAUACGAGAUUGCUCCUCGGUGUGAUUUACAAGUAUGCAACCAUACGCGUGGACACGGUGGAAGAUUUCGCUUACGGAUCGGCUAUUUUCUUGAAUACGAUGGAUACUACACUGAGAAAACAGCCGCUGGCUGCUGAAGAGGUGGCCAGAAGAGCUGAAAAACUUAUCGGCAAAAUUCCAUACAGUCUUUUAUGGAAUAACUGCGAACAUUUCGUCACGUACUGCCGUUACGGGACCGCGGUCAGCCUGCAGACAGACAAGUUCUGCGAAAGUUUAAAAUGUGUUAUCCGGGACCAGAGGAGUGUACUUCUAACCACUGUCAUCGGAAUGCUUUCCAUGUUUUUUCUUGGAAUAGCGCCGUACACCGCACUUCCAACCUUUAUCAUUCCUUUCAUGUUGUGGAUGGCUGGAUAAGAGACACUUCAGGUCUAACCCCAUGAACUAUAAGCAUUUAUUUAAUAAAUCAAAAGUUUGUAUGUUUCCUGUUUUAUCCUAAAAUUUCCCUGCGGCAUUAACUGUCUUUGACGGUCGCGCUUUGUUUGUCUGUGUUGCGCUAUUGUUAAUUAAUCUCUUAAUUUUAUUAAUUCCUAGACAAUUUUAUAUAAGCUUACAUUUAUUCGAAUUUUU